GCUUGAAAUUUCCACUCGCCUGCUAGCCAAUGGUGAGUGGAAAUUUUUGGAGGGGGCGAGAGUGUGUCCCCCAGGGACGUCUUGCUGAGCAGGCUCGGAGCUCAGGCCGGAUCUGUCAUUGGCACUGGGAGCCGUCAGACUACUCAAUAGCUGAGCGCAGUGAAAGCAAAGCAAGGAGUGUGUGCUGUGCUCUCUGCCUCCCCCUAGAGUGCAGUACCCGGCUUUGUGAGUGAACAACGAAGUACUGCAACUUUUUAUGGGGGGGUGGGGGUGGGUGUGUGUGUGUGUGUGUGUGUGUGUGACUGUGUAUGCAUGUACAAUUGUACAUGUGUCUGUGUGUAUGUACAUGUGCGUAUCUGUACAUGUGUCUAAGUGUAUGUACAUGUAUGUGUGUGUGUGUGUACAUGUGUCUGUGUAUGUACAUGUGCGUAUCUGUACAUGUGUCUAUGUGUAUGUACAUGUAUGUGUGUGUGUGUACAUGUGUCUGUGUGUGUGUACAUGUGUCUGUGUGUGUACGUACGUGUGUGUAUGUACGUACAUGUGUUUGUGUGUACAUGUGUCUGUGUAUGUAUGUACAUGUGUCUGUGUGUAUGUGUGUAUGUACAUGUCUGUGUGUGUGUACAGGUGUCUCUGUAUGUGUGUGUGUUUGUUGGUG